AUGUCCGAGGUGUGUAUCCUGAAAUUUCAGAUAACGGCGUUUUACCGCAAGCGCAACGGUCAACGACAUCUGGUGACCGUGGGCAGUGGGCAGGGUGUGGAUCUUGUGCAUGGCAGUCUUUCUGACAUGAAUCUUGCCGCAAUAACAACGGGCCUCAAUGCGAACUUCACAACGGCCACACAAGCCUUCAUGACAUGGGAGAGGACAUACCACAGAAACAAUCCUGUGUCGGGCCCAUGGCAGUACAAGGCGCACAAGGACCAGCAUGGCACGUCGAAUCGCAAGGAUGAGGACAGCCCUUGCGAGGCCGAGAACACGUCUGACCACACGAGUGUGGAGGCAAACCCGGAAGCGGCCUGGGAUCAACCUCUUUCUCACACCAACAGGUGUAAUUGGAAGGGAAGUUCUGAUGCGAAAGAUUGCAACCAGGACAACGCCAAGCACGAGGAGUAG